AUGUGUGCUGGUCGAGCCGGACCACGCACACACGCCCGCGCCCAUCUCCUCUGCUCCUCCCCCCGCCCGCCGCCACGAUCCCCGCCGCCGGCAACCACCAUCGCCGCGCCGCCCUCCACCAGCCGUCGCCGCGCCGCCCACGCCUCACCUCACCACGCCGCUGCUCGCAGCCCACAGCGCCGCCCGCCGCCUCACCUCACCGCGCCGCCCCGGCCCCCUCGCCGGCCGCAGCACACCGUGCUGCGCCGCCCCGGCCCCCUCCUCCCGCAGCAGACCGCGCCGGCCCCCUCCUCCCGCAGCCGCGCCGCCCGGGCUUCUCCUCCCCUCACUGCCGGCUCCAUGGGGAGCUCCAAAGGCACCGGUGUGAGCACCCCGACGUGA